CCUUGAACUUAAACCUCCACCAUCUGUCCAUUAUGCGGCACAAAAAGAAACAAAAAACGAGGAAUCCAACUUCCAAAACGCCCAUUCCAACCGCUUUUCGAUUUUCCGAUGUACCCGCGGAACUCAAACGAGAGCUGCUCUUGUUGAUGCACACCUCUAUCCACGACAGAAAGGAUUUAUCUGUCAAUCAAAAAUAUCGUCUAGUAUUCCAGCUAAGUCUUGUUUCAAAACUAUUCAAGCAAAUCUUGACUCCGAUCAUUUACCAAAAGCUUGCACUCCUAAAACCUCGCACUAUUAGCAGAUUCUGCGAUUUUCUUCGCUCAAACCGUGCUAUUGGACCAACGAUACAAUCUCUGCGACUGGAGCUUGCCAUAUCUACUCGUACCACUCCAGUCCAAUCUAAUGCUCUCAAAGGCGUUACAGAAAUACUUUCGCGAUGUACACCCUGUACAUUAUCGAUCGCCAUCCGAUAUCCGACUACCAUAGUAGCGCUAUCCACUCUCAACCUUUCGCGCGUACAGAAUUUAACUAUCGACGGCUACACGUACGUUCAUCUCGGGCCCAAUUUCUUCCCGGCCGUUCAACGUCUUCACCUGAUACUCACUCCGAAGUGUCUGGUAAUGAAUCGCCUGGAUUUCAGUACUGCUAAUAAUGUCACACGAUUAUGGCUUUCAAUCCCCGACUCUAUACCUAUCGACACAAUGGAUUUGAUUCUGAUGAAGCGUUUCUCGCCACCCCCGUUUCUUUCCCAGCUAUUUCUAGAGUCUUUAUCCGAACAACACCCUUCGCCAGUAUCUGCAGAACUCCUAAACGGUAGCCGUUCGUCUUACAACACGGUUGUCAUCAGCAGAAACCCAGCCGCUGUGCAGGCCAGGGAUUUCCCAUUUGCAACGUUCGCGAUGCAAUGCGAUGAUGAGGAAAGUUUAUGGCUGCGACAUUCAAAAUCCACAUAACCACCUUCACUACUGAGGGCCAGGCUUCGCACAUGUUAUAUAUAUCGAACUUCAGAUGAUAACGCCAUUUUGUCAACAGGAUAUAUCAAAGAGAUCAAAACUUUUCGGAGUCGGGAACCGCACGGCGGCACUAAAUGCUGAGUUAUCAGAUCAGACGGUUCGAUUAUCAUCACUUUCAUCCCAUCGUAUGAUGCUAACUCAUACUGCCUGCGGCGAUCUCGCAAGUGAGGCCAAUCUGCCACAAUAAAUUCAAAAAGCCAUGGUCACAGGGCACUUUGAUUAACCCCUGCUGUUCGACUUGCACUAUACCCUUUACUUGGCUAGUGCAUUGUAGCGGUAGCGUGACGAAUCACAGUAACACCACAUGAGAGAGAGAUGGGGACUGAGGGUAGGUCGUCGAGAGAACUGUUGUAACU